AUGGCUGAGAUAACACGAAGUUCUAGAGAGCGGGGAGGUCCAUCCUCAGCUCAGAGAUGUACCAUAGAGAAAUUUAUGAAGAUGAAUCCGCCAGCUUUCUCUAGAGCGACUAAUCCUGCAGUUGCGGAGAACUGGGUGCAGGAGAUAGAGAAGAUUCUAACAGUACUCUAUUGCACUGAUGAGCAGAGAGUUUUGUAUGCUAUGUAUAGGCUGGCGAGGGAGGCCGAGAGAUGGUGGGCAGCCACCAGGUUGUUGGAAGAGCAGAAGGCUAUACCGGAGUUCCUGAGUCUGUCCCAGGGGUCGUUGACUAUCCCACAGUAUGCGGCGAGAUUUAUUGAGCUCUCUCGUUUCUGUCCCUAUGUUGUCCCCAAUGAAGCAAAGAAGGUUAGAAUGUUUGAGAGAAACUUAAGGCGUGAUAUUUACCGGCAAGUGGCAGUAUUGAGGAUUCAGGAUUUUACAGAACUAGUUGACAAAGCCACUAUAGCGAAGGAGAGUUUAUCUAGAGAGACGGAGACACAGACCCGCUCAUCUCCGUCUCUGUCUCUCUCCUUCUCUCAAUUACUCGGCGAGUUUGCGAUGGAUCGAGAAACGAAAGGUGCCAUUAGAAUUCUGAUUCCACUGCCGACAUUUCUACUGGAGUAG